AUGAAAACAUUGUGGGAGUGCAAAUAUUUCGAACCUAUUUCUUAUGGAGAACUUUUCACAUAUACUACUGACUUAUAUAAACAGAACCUUGCACCAUUUAAAGAUUUGACAUAUGCUCCAAAGUAUUGUGUACAACUGAAGAAGAAAGCAGAGUCAAAAGAAGUAAAUAAAGCUAAAUGUAAAUUCAUACCUGAGCACGUUUUCUUUGCUGACUUUGAGUGUAGUACGGAUGGCUUUCAUAAAGCUUUUAACAUCUGUUAUGACAGUGAAGAUGGUUCAGUUAGUGAAAGCAUUUGGGGUCAAAACUGUGCAACAGAAUUUUUGGAAAGACUUCCUGACAAGAGUUUAAUAUAUUUCCAUAACCUCAGUUAUGACAUAAACUUCAUCUUAAGACACAUGACAGAAGUGAAAGGAACUCCCAUCAUUAAAGGUUCACGAACAAUGCAAAUAACUGGCUUAUAUAAAGGACGGGCAAUUAUUAUAAAAGACUCUUACAGUGUUAUAAAUAAGAAGCUUAAACUAUUUCCUGCUAUGUUUAACUUACAAACAGGACCGAAAGAAGUAUUUCCAUAUAACUACUACAGCAGUGUUUUGUUAGCAAAUGACAACAGAACUGGUGUCAUUUCUGAAGCAUGUAAGUUUAUCCAUGAUGCAGAUACAUUUAUGAAGAACAUAGAUUCCAUCAAAGGUUGCAGAAUAGAUGAAAACCACUUCGACUUAGAAAAAUAUAGCACGUUUUACUGCAAACAAGAUGUAAGAAUUUUAAGAGAAGGUUUUGUAAAGUUCCGCAAUGACUUAUUGAAAGAGUUUGAUUUAAACGUUUAUGACUACGUUA